CGACCUGCAAUCAAAGAGACGGUGAGGAGAACACGUUCACUGGAAUGAUGAAGAUUUGGAGCACCGAGCAUAUUUUCAGUUAUCCGUGGGAGACUGUGAUCAAGGCUGCCAUGAGGAAGUACCCCAACCCCAUGAACCCCAAUGUGGUUGGCGUGGACGUGCUGGAUCGCAGUCUGGACUCAGAGGGACGCCUUCACAGCCACAGACUCCUCAGCACAGAGUGGGGGCUUCCAUCUAUUGUACGAGCGAUACUGGGGACCAACCACACACAGACAUACGUGAAGGAACAUUCUAUAGUCGACCCAGAGGUGAAAAAGAUGGAGUUGUGCUCAACAAAUAUUACUCUCACCAACCUGGUAUCCGUAGAUGAGAGGCUUGUUUACACACCACACCCAGAAAACCCAGAGGUUACUGUACUGACACAGGAAGCCAUCAUCACGGUGAAGGGAGUCAGUCUGAGCAGCUAUCUGGAGGGCCUGAUGGUCAGGAGCAUGUCUGCCAACGCCCGGAAGGGCUGGGACGCUAUUGAGUGGGUCAUCCAGAACUCUGAAGGGGACGAUGUACCACUCUGUGACAUUUACUAACACUGGACUCCAGAACCACUGACGACUGCUUUCCUCAGCCGCUCCUCGUACCUGAAAUGGGGACGGGGGGCAGAUUCUGAGCAUCUUCCGGUCCUCUGCAGAUGGUUUUUUCAUGUGAAGAAAACUAAACCUUUGCCAAAGCAAAAACGGUUCUUGAAACUUUCUGGGACUGCGUUGCCAGGUUUGGCGGUUGUGACUCAUUUCUGGCUCCUCAUUUAUAAUCUAAUAAUGGUUAAACCACAUGGCAACAAAACAGAGACUUGUGUUUACUAAGCAAACCUAGCAGACUUUACAAUCUUGAAUGUCACUAUUGUACUUAUGAAGUGACACUUUAAGAAAAACACUCCAAAUGGAAGACGGACUCAACAAGGAGGUACACACCAAUGUUUCUUUGUUUUUUUUAAACAAGGUACAGCGUAUUAUUAUGCAACUGUCUCAAAGGCUUUACUUGGACUAGUUUGAUACUAUAUGAAAACUCCUACAGUGUGAAACGGGUUAAAAUAUGGAGAUGUUACUGGUGCUUAUUUUGUGUUACACUGGACAAAAAUGUUAUAUUACGGAUUGGGCAUGACUUAUACAUUAGUUUCAGUCCUGGAUCGCCAGUAUUUUUCAUGUGUAAGAUCAGCUUUAUCUGCGUCAGUCUUCAUAUUCUUCAUUUGUUUUACAUGCAAAAUAAAUAUGAUUAGAUGAGACAAAGAUGAUGCAUUCGUACCUGAAAACACUGCAAGCAGGGUGGUGGUACAAUCAUGCUGUGGGACUGAUUUGCACCCCCUGACCCACCCUGGUAUUUUUGGAUCUGAUGUCUCCAAAGACGUGAUCUUUGAAUUUUUCAACUGUGUCUUGACACAGCAGUCAAAUGUCCGAAUUGGAAACCGUUGAAUGUUCUGGUAAAGGUGGUUUUAAAAUUUCUAGAAUAACUUAGCAUUAAGCCUCAACACAAUUAAAAAUGUAUAGAAUGCAUUUAAAAGCUAAGUCUCAGGAAAUCCACCAGUUUGAGUGGUCAAAUAUUCAUCCUGAGUAAUAAAUUUAACGCUUAUCGAUCUAAUCAAGUUGAAAGGCAUACUAUUUUAAGAUCACCUUUGUAGAGUCAUACCAAUACAAUACUUAGAUUACGCACCAUCCCAGGAAAUAUGCUAAAAAAAAAAACAA